AGCAAUUGGGGAAUCUCAGCGUCAAUGCGCGGCUGUCCCCCUUCUAUAGACAUUGCAAAUUUGAGGAAUCAACAACUCUGAUUUUGUUGCUAUUUCCAAUAUUUUUUUUCUCUUGCCUAUUGAUACUAUCUCGGCCGAUACGCUAAAGCCAGCCAGAAUGGCAGCAACAAAAGACCUCGAGACCGCCUCCGCGCAGGAGUCCGCUCCCAUCGACGCCAUGGACACCACCGCCGAUCUCGCUUCCGAGAAGAAGUCCAAGAAGGAGAAGAAAGAGAAGAAGGAUAAAUCCUCCAAGAAGCGCAAGGCCACAGAGGAGCCUGCCGAGUCUACUGAAUCGGCCGAAACCGUCGACGCCAUGGACACCACCGCCGAUGCCGCCGCCGCCGCCUCCUCCGACGAGAAACCCAAGAAAUCUUCCAAGAAGCGCAAGGCCGAGCUCACCGAAAUCGAAAUCGACGUCACCGCCCCCGAGCCUCCCUCCAAGAAAGCCAAGCGUCUGCUCAAGAAGGGCAAGACCCUCCCUACCAAGCCCUCCUCCGACAAGGGUGAUGACUCCGACGACUCGGAUAACGAAACCGCCGCCAAGGACGGCGACAAGACGAAAAAGAAGAAGGAAAAGAAGGAACGGUCCCCCCACGGCGUCUGGAUCGGCAACCUGCGCUUCACCGUCACCAAGAGCGAACUGAAGCAAUGGCUCGUCGACAACAGCGGCGGCUCCAUCACGCCCGAGUCCAUCACGCGCGUGCACAUGCCCACGGCCAAGGCGCAGCCCGGCCAGCCCAAGAAGGAGAAGCCCGAGAACCGCGGUUUCGCCUACGUCGACUUUGAUUCGCUGGCCACCAAGGUCGCCGCCAUUGCUCUCAGCGAGACCGAGUGGUACAAGCGCAAGUUGUUGAUCAAGGACGCGACGUCGUUCGAGGGACGGCCGGAGAAGAAGAAGGAGGAGGAGGAGGGGGAUGCCAAGGGCGCUGCUGCUGGUGGAAAGAAGGACGAGGCGCUAGUAGGCGGCAAGUUCGCCGGCUCAACCAAGAUCUUUGUCGGUAACCUCUCGUUUGACACGACCGAGGACGACUUGCGCAACCACUUUGACAAGUGCGGUGCCAUCCGGUGGGUCAAGGUGGCCACGUUUGAGGACAGCGGCAAGUGCAAGGGGUACGGGUGGGUGAACUUUGAGGAGGGCGAAGCCGCGCAGUGGGCGGUCAAGGGGUUCGUCAAGAUCCGCGAGGAGAUUCCCGAGUUGGAGGACUUUAUGGAUGAAGACCAAAAAGCCGAAGCCGAAGCCAACGACGGUGACAACGCGGACGCGGAAAAGACAAAGGAAAAGAAGGAAACGGAAAAGAGGAUAAAGACCCGCAAGUGGUGGGUCAACCAGCUACAUGGCCGCACCCUCAAGAUCGAGUUGGCCGAGGACGACAAGACGAGAUAUGACAAGCGGUUCCGAGGCAAGGGCGCUGCUGGCGGCAAGAAGCAAGGACAAGACGGUGGUGAGAGGCCACAGAGGGUUCCUUACAAGAAGAGGGAAGAGGGAGAUAAUGGUCAAAUCAAGACGGCUCAGGAUAUUAGUGUUGCCAGACUUACUGGUGCGCCUGUUGCUCACCAGGGCAAGAAGACUACCUUUGAGUAAAAAGGACGAGUGUCCUGUCGAUCUGGUCCGGGCUUUUCUUCUUGGGUCCGGCGGAAGAGAGAGAAAAAUAUGGGUUUGAAUCAUGUCGCCACGGUUCUGUGUGUCCGGUGG